AAGUAGCAGGCACAACUUAUGAUUCAGUUUUUAAAGCUGUAAAGAAUUAAAAGAUGUGUCUGUAUUGCCUUUCUUUCUAUGUGUCACACAUCACACAUGCCAAUGCGAUGACCCGUGUUGAUGAUUACAACGACAGACCGCUUUCUCAACGCGGUACUCCAUCAUUUACAAUUAAUUCCGUAAAUAAAGAAAAAGACGAAGAAGGACGACACUGUCGUUUCAUUUUAAACAAUCUACAACGCAUUUCGAGUUUUACAGUCGGUUUCCUUUUCAUCAACAUAUUGAUUCUAAAAGCAUUUUAACAAACACAGUCUGGGCUUUUAGCUUUUUAUUUUUAUGUUUUUAUUGGGUAUUUCCACGGGUCGUCGUCAUCACAUGAGGCAUCACUUCCAAAAGGGGAUCUUACGUUAUUAAAUUAUGUGGCAGAGACCUGCCAAGUAAUUUCAAGAGAUAGGCUACAGUGUCCGCGUCCGGCGACAUGCGACGGGCUUCGGCGUCUCCGUCACCCGCCGUUGCGUUUCUUCCGCACAUCAAUCGACGUCACAAGGUUGAGGCUCCGGAGGGAGCAGUGCGGCGCUACGAGGCGCUGCGGCCGGGCACAACGGCCGGGACGGUGUUGGUAGGUGCCUGCAGCCGAGGACUACGUACCUUGGGAGAGUGACGGGACCCGGGCAGCGUCGCAUGGGGCUAUCGUGAGGGUCUGUGGGUGAAGAGGUGGACAUGCCGCCGAAGCCGGUCUGCCUGGAACAUGAGACUAAGGGUGUGGGAGCUGAGGUCUUACCACCUCCACCAGUCAGUUAAUUGGCUGUAACGCUGUCUGUACUGGACUGAUCUGGACUGGAAAAGCCUGGAAUGAGCCAUCACAUUGGCAACAGGCACCAUGCUGUGUCUUGGUCGUAUGUUUGACUCCCCCUGCACCCUGGCCAUGUUGGUGGGCUUCCAGUUUGCCUUUGUGCUCUACUUCUCCCUGGGUGGGUUCCGUGGCCUUGUGUCGGUCCUGGUGCGAUCCUCUGAACCAGAGUUUGACUACUCACGUCCUCAUGACGUGUACACCAAUCUCAGCCUGAUCGGGGCCCUGCUGUCUGGAUACACGGGGCCCCCCGGGAAUCCUCAACCUAGGAGAGACUGCCCCCUGCUUUCACCCUUACUAGUGGGCCCUGUGUCUGUGCGUUUGUCUUCCCCUCUGUCCCUGGAUGAGAUUAGUGAGAAAAACCCCCUGGUGUUCCCUGGGGGGCGCUACAGUCCCCCCGACUGUGAGCCCCGUCACCACACGGCCAUCGUGGUCCCCUACCGGAACAGGCUGUCGCACCUACGUGCUCUGCUCUAUCAUCUGCAUCCCUUCCUGCAGAGGCAGCAGCUUCAUUAUGGCAUCUAUGUGGUACACCAGGCAGGAAACUCGACAUUUAACCGUGCAAAACUGCUGAAUGUCGGGGUGCGUGAGGCCCUGCGAGAUGGGGAAUGGAGCUGUGUCUUUCUGCAUGAUGUUGACCUGCUGCCCGAGAAUGACCACAACAUCUACACCUGCCAUGCCCAGCACCCCACGCACCUCUCUGUCGCCAUGGACAAAUUUGGAUACAGGUUGCCGUAUCCUCAGUAUUUUGGAGGGGUGUCUGCUGUAACGCCUGACCAGUACCUCAGAAUGAACGGCUUCCCAAACCAGUACUGGGGAUGGGGUGGGGAGGAUGAUGACAUUGCAGCCAGAAUACGUCUGUCGGGGAUGAAGAUAGUUCGACCCCCGGUGACAGUUGGACAUUAUAAAAUGAUUAAGCACAAGGGUGACAAGGGCAAUGAGGAGAACCCACGCAGGUUUGAUCUCUUGACUCGGACCAGGAGGAACUGGCGCUCAGAUGGCCUCAGCUCACUCACCUAUGAACUGCUUUCCAAAAAGCUGGAGCCACUGUACACAAACCUGUCAGUGAGCAUUGGUGAUGACCCGUACAAACCGUCCCAGAAGACCCAGCCGACAAAACAAAACAUACCCACUCUAGCCAAAGCUGAAGAAAUGAACGUCAAAGAGGAUAGAGAUGGUGCUGCAAACGGAAGUCAUGGUCAUCAGGCUGCGGUUAAUAUAACCAGUGAGGGGAAGAGGAGGCUCAAGUACAGUGUGGAUGGUGCCAAGGAUAAAGAACCUCUGGUUAGUCACGCAGCAGCUCGGAUGACGUAGUAAGCAGGUCCUCGCCAACAUGUUUUUUUUCCUUUACCUUUUUGUCAAAGGCUGCUGAUACAUAGUCUCCAUUACUUAUACUUUCAUUCUGAAUCAAAUUUGAAAAUAGUUACUUACCUUGAUCCUCUUUGUGCCUUUCAGUUUUUGUGAACACAAGUUUUGACUACCAGGACUUUUAUUAUUAUUAUUAUUAUUAUUAUUAUUAUUAUUUCUUUUUCCUUCUAUGAACAUAGCAGCCAUGACUUUCUUCAGUGGAUGUUCUUUCUGUGGUUUACGUUUCUGUCCAGCCAACCACUGCUCAUCGUAUUGCUUUUUUUCCCCUUCAGUUGGUCUUAACCAACUUUAUGGACAUCGUGCUGAUAAUCUCGUUUUGUUCAGCUUUACCAAAAAAAUAUCUGAUUCACAAAAGUAUUUUCAUGGCAGCUUUUGCUGAGUAUUUUCAUGGGCAUAAAUUACCAAAUACAGACUUCAACAAAAUUCUGACAUGGCAACAAAAUAGUACCUGUCAAUAAAUUAGCUGCACCGGAGCACUGCAAAACCAUCUGUACCAGUUCACCCAUUAGUAUACCUGCCAACACUCCUAUUUCUUGGGGUUUCUCUUGUAUUUCAAGGCCAUCUCCUGGCACCCACACAUUUUGUUGUUUCUCCUGGGAAACUCCCGUAAUUUUCAUGGCCCUUAAACUUUAUUAUGAAUAAUUGUCAUAUACAUGGAUAAAUAAGUCUUGUAUUAAAUUUAUAUUAUAUCUAAAUCCACAUCUUGGCAAUUCACGGCUGCUGUCUGCGCAGGCCAGCUGUCUGCGCAGGCCAGCUGAAUGCUGAAUGAAUUAGCUAGCUAACUUAGCGGGUGUCAAAAUAUCAGGGCAGGAUGACGCUCCACUGAAAAAACAGAUGCAUAUGCAAAUUUAAGCAGAGUUGGAUGGAACAGUUUCCAUUUAUAUCUGCAAAUCACCAGGAUAGUGCCCGUGACAAUGAUGUUUUGUCAUAACAUAAAUAGAAGCAAAAAUAUAAAUAAAUCUGGUUAUUUAUUUACUUGCUGACUUACCCACCCCCAUACUGUAUUUUGAAACCUAAAUGUGGCAGGUAUGCAUUAGAUGAAAAGAAACAUCAGUCUUGGGAUAUUAUUGCCAAACCUGAUGGAAGGUUUAAGUGUCAAAAGUUUUCUUACAGGAGAAUAUAUAUAAUUCACGUUUCAUGUACAUCCUUUUGGUACUUGGGGUGUAGUUCCUUGAUAGGUGUAUUAUGUUUGGAGUCAAAUUAGAAUAUGUAAAACAUUAAUCUAUCAAACUCUUAAGGAAUCUCUUAAGGAAUAUAAAGGAAUUGUUAAGCAUUUCACUUUUUACUUUAGUAGAUUUUAUAUGUGACUGAAGAAAUAUAGUUAUUUGUACUGUAAGGGCAGUAAAAUUGUGCAAUUUUUAAAGCAGCCAUUUACAGCUGAGAUUAAUGGUUGUAUAUCUUGAAUUAACUUAUUGAAUAAUCAUAUCAGUGGAAUGUUCAUUUCAUAGUUUUAGUUUUUUUUAAUGAUCAGUCUUAGUGCUGUACCAUAUUUAAGGUUUCUGUUCAGGGAAUGAAAUGAGAUUGCUGGAUAUUACUUGAAUAUGAUAAUACAGGCAAGAUGACUUAUAAAUCUGGUAUUACCAGGGUCAAUGAAUUGGUAAACUAAUUUGAACACGCUAACUCACUAUUUUGUAGCUGCGAGCCAGUCACAGUGCCCAUGCUGACCCCUCUCCACUAUCAAAAGCCCCUACAGUGGGCGCGCAAGUGUCGAAACUGGACUUUGAAACAAUGUCAUUAGGUGCAAUGGUCCGACGAAUCCCAUUUUAUGUUGUCUCACGUGGAUGAAGGUACAUGUCAAGCAUCUGUGGGAUGCGGUGGACCGACAAGUCCGAUCCACAGCUACGUAGCCCCCUAUACAGCAGGGCCCUAUGCAUUGUGUGUCAUAACACAUUAUUCCCAUGAUCAUCAUUGAAAUUAUCUGUCAUUUGUGCCACAGUGCCCUUGUAGGUUUGUACCACAUGGGAUAGCCUUUAUUUACAAAUCACGUCGAUGAGUCCCCACAAGCCUUAAUGUUUCGGACAUACUCUGACCAAUCAUGUCAAAGUCACUCAUAUCUUUAUUUCUGCCCAUUUCUUUUGCAUUUAACAUUUCGACGACGAGUACUGAAUGAUAGCUUACUGUCCUUGAUAUGUACUGUUUUUACGAGAUGAUCAAUAUUAUUCACUUGGCGGUGGUUGUAAGAUUUUGGCUCAUUGGUGUAUGUGUUCACACAUGGAAGCUCAAUUUCUUAUUGGGCAAAAUGAAAUCCAAAUUGUUUGACUUUUGGUGCAUUAUUUGAAGACUAUAUAUGGAAAAAAUGUCUGAUAUGUCAAAUUCUAAUAACCAGCCAAAAGAAAUGUGACCCUCAAACAGAAAAUACUAUCUUUUGGUUCCAGUUAGUUAAGUCUUUGUAAAAUAAACUCUCAAUUCAACAUUAGCAGCAAAUGAAGUCUGCAGCAGUGAUCUACUAUUAGGCUGGUUACGUUACAGGUUUAUAUUGUGGGCAGUACAGCAUGUCUGGUUUCGUCCAGCUCUCUCCUGGUCACUGGUUUUCCCCUGAGCCUGGGCUCUGUGUUUAUAUUAUUAAAAGUUGGUUACCUUCCACUUAAGUUUGGCCGUGAGUUAUUCCAAUCUCUGGCACAGUCAAAUGCAUUGACAGAAAAAUCUAUACUUUAAUUUCCAGUGUCCAUUGUUUACUUUAUGUAGACUAUGUUCAUCUUUGCUCUGUAUAAUGGCUCAACGUAACUUGCAAUGCCUCAGCUUUUUGGCAAAUGAAAUGUGUUCGCUGUGCUCAUCUUCCCAGAAGCGGAGCCUAGCAAAAACACAUGAAAGCACAAUACUAUGCCAUCAAAGGAUGUGUCAUGGUCUAAAUGCAAGCAAUAUGUUGAUUUGGCCAUUUGUUGCAGUAAAACGUCAGUAAAUUUGAAAAAGUGCAAGCUCUUGCAAACGUUGCCAAGUUUGAUUGAUCUUGCGUUAAUUUCUGUGAUCAUGAAAUCAUGAGUCAUGAAAUCCUGGAGGGACUGCUCGACAUUUUUGGGGGUCUGCAUAUCUGUGUGCUUAGACAGGUAAUUACAAAAAUAAAAGAUAAGUCUAUUAGAAGAAUAAAAUACAGUUGUAGAAUUGUCUGCUCUAAGCUGAAAAAAGCAUAUUAAAUAAAAAAGUCAUAAGCCUUUAUGUUAUUGUAUUGGUAUUUAUGUUAUUUUAAUGAAUAAUAGGCAAUCACUGUUAUGAACUUAAGGUUUUUCUAAAAACUUAUCAAAAUGCUGGCUGCUUUGUGGAUGUCGGGAUAACGGUGGUACAAGUUAAGCUGCUUUGUAUGCCUUAAUGUAAAAGCGAUUUUGCAGAACGGAUCAAAAGUCAGUUAUUCACUGUGCAGAAUGAUGCAGGAAUAGUUGGUACCUGAUGCAGACACACACUGGAAAGUAAAACCAAGACACUUUAAAGUAUUACUGGAAAUAUAAUAACAAAUCGGUUAUGAACAAUGAACACUUUUUUGACUAUUUGUGUGAUCUAUAUUUAUAAAGGUGUUCUUUUUACAGAGUAUAAUUUUAGGGGAGAGUGAGUAUGCUAAAAUGCUGUGUGUGUGUGUGUGUGUGUAUAUAUAUAUUUAAUGUUACUUAACCUUUAUUCUAAUUCUUUUCUUUUAGAUUCCCAUGCAAAAGAAUAAUGUUAGAUCACCUAAUUCAUUAUAUUAGGACUGGUCAUUUGUGAGUAGAUUACAAGAUUGCAUCUAUUGUGCAAAAAGUGGAAAGAUUGUAUAGAAUUUGUAAGUUGUGUAUAUUUCACUGAAUAAACUGACAAGUACAACUGA